GCUUACAAUCACACCAUAAUUUCUUGACCACCACUGAGCAUGCAUUCAGGUUCCAUGUCUUUCCUGGCCUCUCCUGGUGUCUGCAGUGGUUCAUCCUAUAAAACUUACUGUUAUAUUCCAGUGACUUCUGCUGCUCUUUGUUCCAGUGAUGUAAGCCCUACCUUUGGGCUCUGCUUACCCAGCAGUUACCAAGGAAAUCUCUGGCUCCUGGAUAAUUGCCAAGACUUCUAUUGUGAAGUGCCAAGGAGUGAAUCUCCCAGCUGUGAACCCAAGAACUACACUACCAACUGUGACCCAUCAAACUUAUGUACGCCCUUCAGCUCUCCAGCUGUAGGAAAAGGGUGCAUUGAGUGUGAAACGACCAACGUUGGACCCAAACCCAGCUGCAGUCCAUGCCCUGAAAGCAAAGGACUGAUCCUGAACACAGUUUCGUUAUAUAUGAAACCAUCGUAUGUUGGACAUGCUAAAGAGACUCCAUGUGAAAUAUCUAGAACCAUCAUCAACUUUCUUAUUUUGGCCGUCUUCAGUGAUUAUAUGCCAGAUUAUCACCUACCUCUGAAGUGGGACCUCCUUGAUUUGACUGAUGAUUCCAGCAUAUUCUUUUAGAGUGACUUGCUCUCUAUUGCUACUUUUGCUGACUUUCUAGCUAGAGUCUUUCUAAUAAUCAAAAAUGAAUUUUAUCCCAAGAAGACUGAGUUGACUGCCUUUUCCUUCCCCUAUUAACUUAGCAUAUAAGAAGAGUUAUGUCAAACUAGAUUUAAAGUAUUUCAGCAAAGACUGUCUUUCCCAAAGAAACUAUAAAACAAGAUUGUCUUGUACUCAGCAUUUGUUCUUAGUGAGUAGGAAAAAACCUUAGAAGUAACAAAAGCAUACAAAAUAGUGAUUUAAAGAAUUAAAAAAAAAUCCUUGUACACUCUGUGAUAAAUAAGAAUCUAUUUUCAUGGUGCUGUUACAGUAUUCCUUCAUUAAUUAUUUCUUCCUGCUUCUGGACAAGGUCCUGGUUCAUGGUCAAUAAACAAAUGUGUACUUGAAAAAAUGAUUUUUGUUGUUUUAUUUCACACUUACCAAACUUUCAACUUUAUUACCAGUAAUGUGCAUAGCAUUGUUGAAGACUUAAUCCCAGUCAUUUAUAGUCUAAACUAAAUAUAUAUGUAUGUAUAAUUCCCAGAACUUCAGUUUAUUGCUUUAACUUAAGCUCAGCAGUAUUCCUCUUAAUGUGUCUAUGGCUAUGUUUAUGUAAAAUAGUUAUAUAAUGUAUCCAACUUAGUUUAUAUAUACAUAUAUAUUAUAAACAUAUGGAAAUUUA